AUGGCAACUAGGGACGAUGUGAUUAACACGAAGGUAUCUUUAGAUAACAGAUUCAUAAGUCUGCUGUUCAGACAAAGCGCGGAUCGCAGUCAGGAACGUUAUAAAGAAGUAUUACCGGAGACUUUUCCUUUCAAAGAGGAGUGUGUCAUAGCCCUUCCACCACGCUUGCGCGAUAUCCUAGAAAGCAACAAUCGCGACAUUCACGUAAAAUUAGGUUGCUUACCUUACAUAAAUGCAGUUUAUUUUGUUGUUAAUGACAACUUGUUUAUUUGGGAAUAUGAGAAAGGAAAUGUCGAUAGUGCUAUUGCUCAUAUCGACGUGCAUCCACUGCAGGAUCAGUAUAUUAAAAGCGUUGGCCUUAUCAAGCCAAGAGCAGAUCGAUUUAUCGAUAGUGCUCAGUAUGUUUUAGUCAUCGCCACCGACAAGGCGAUUUACGUGUUUGGAUUUAGUUCCUUGUCCCAAGGAGUAGUAUUUCACGACAUGUCAUCAGAUAGAUACAGGACAGAUUACAGUAAAAAAGAUAUCGGUCCCAUAGUCGGUACAGAUGAUGGUCGCAUUUUUCUUAUUGAUGCUGGCGAACUUUGUGAACUUGUAUACGAGGAUGAGGGCUGGUUUUCGAAAGCUUGUCGACUGGAAAUUCACUCUCUAAGUUCCAUAAAUCAAUACAUUCGAUGGGUCAAUCCAUACUCCUCGAGUUUCAAGUCUAUCGCGGUCGAUGACACUCGGCGAAUGUUAUACGUCAUGUCGCCUAGUCACUUAGAGGCAUAUCAUAUACCUAAGGAAGGAGGGUCUUUACGGUCUAUCGGAAAAUAUUCAAUUAAUGAUGACAAGUCGAUGCUUAAGGGUGAAUUUGUAUCCAUACAUUCGAUAUUGAAUACAGAUUCACCAUAUUUCUGGCUGCUUGCCGUUACAAACACUGGACAACGAGGAUAUUUUACUUGCUAUAUUGGCAAUAGAGGAUACAAUUGGUGGUUAUUUACUGAAAGUGCAGCAAUGCUGAAGACGAAAGAGCCGAAUGGUUUAUAUAUACUUGAAGUACAUGAGCCACCACCACCACCUCAGAAUCAAUCUCAGUUGACUCACCAAGUUAAGCCGGAAUAUCAUUCAUUUAGAUAUUUCCAUGGGAUCUUUUUAGCACUACGAAGAGUUGGCAGUUCAAACAUGUUAACAGCCACAAGCCCUAAUUACGGAUCAAUGUUCCGUAGAUUCAUUCAAAAUCAAGAGCCAAUUUUCUCUGAGCAUUACUACACUUGUACUUUGCCAAAUAUUUUCGACAUUCGUGAAGUUUAUGAUCCUUUGAAUGACCCGAAAAAAUCUGAUGAAUAUUCGAAUGAACUGAUAAAUCAAUUUAAUUCUCUUCCUCGAAAAUUUAUUUUAUACACCAUUAAUGGUAUUAUAAUCUGGUCCAAACAAAGGCCAGUAGAACAUCUACACAAUAUGAUUAAAAAGACCACGUCUAGAGAUGUACUGAAAACUUUCUUUGAUAAUUACGGACCGGAACAAAUAUGUGCAACGUGUCUUCUAAUCGCUAAAGCCGAAAGUCAUUCUUUCAUUCAGACAUUUGGACCUUCUUACAACACAUUGUUUGAAGGAUUCGCUUUCUGUUUGGCAAGAAUUCUUCGACCCGUUUGGCGUCAAAAAAUCCUCAAAGCAAGCCCCGAUAAUACAAAUCCCGACCGACGAGAUACCAACCUUCCGGUACCCAUACUGAAGAGAGUAGUGGAUAAGCUAGGGGAAUUGAAGAAUUUUUGCGAUAGUUAUCCUAUGUUUAAAUCUCCGCCACAAAUUAUUGGCGACACCACGACGGCGCAGAAUACAUCAUUGAGUUCUUUGUAUGAUCUGCUUGUCACGCUCUCUGAUGCGAUCAACUUCAUAUUGCUCAUGACUGAAUACAAUCUACCAGAAACAAUUGCGAGUAUUGCCAAAAGUUCACAACAAGUCGUUUUUCAGUCAGCGUUUGAACAAUUGGUGACAUUUCAACAAGUCAGAAGUAGUUGGCACGAUCUAGUACUUGCGAUAAUCAAGAGGGAAAGUGGUCCUCGUGUUGAUAACCUUAGCCGUGAAUUAGAAAGACGGUGCCCUACAUUUUGCAAUGCAGCCGAAACUAAGAUGUAUCAGGGAUAUGAAGCUUUGCAGAAAGCCAAAAAAAAUGAGGACGAACACAUUACUAGUGAAGCUUUACGAAAUUCGCUAAAUCUUUUUUGUGAGUGCAUCAAUAUUUUAACGUACGGCACUUUAAAUAAUUUGUGUCAGGAAUACAAGAAUUUUGGUUUCUAUGAAGGCGCCAUCGAGCUCUUAUUAAAAGCUGCCCAGAGCUUCGACCCGGCACCCGAGAAACGUAACUCGAUCCUGGACCUUGUUAUCGAUACUCUUAGGGACGCUGGCGUUUUCGUAGACGGAAUUCAACGCAAUACUCAAUCUUACAAUCCGGUGCUGCAGAAGGCCCUUAAUUUGGGAACAUCUUUAAACGACAAAACUUUUCUUUACGCAGUGUAUGAUGAAUUCUUGCGCGCCGAUUCUAUUCCUCAAUUGUUUGAUCCUCCAGCUCCCUAUCUUGAAGAUUAUCUAAAUUCAUCCAAUGACUUGACAUCACCUAUCUCAAGAAAAAAAAUGGAUCUAUAUUGUGAUUUUUGCGUCACGCAUCGCCAGUAUCUUAAAGCUGCCAUGGUCAAAGAGCAUAUAGCCAAGAAUUCUGGUAGUGAUGUUGGUCUUCAAGAGCGGUUGCAUUAUUUGAGUCAUGCUGUGGGCCAAGCGGAGAGCGCUAAAGAAAUAAGUGAAACCAAAGAUGUGAUGGAAGCUCUGCAUAGACUACGAAAUGAAUUGAAGGUUGCCAGAAUUCAGUUUGAAAUAUACUUGGAGAUAGAUAAGAUGUCCGAUGCAAAAUAUAGGGCUAUCGCGCUUUCCACAGGAAAGCCGGAUAAAGCACAGUUGCUUGCAUUACUCAAUCGACAACUCUUUGAUGCGGAUCUGCUAUUGAGGGAAUUUGCCGUACCAUUUGACCUGGUCGAAAGAGAAUUAUCCAUCGUGCAUGCUGUUGAGGUUGCUCCUCGUCGAACCGACAUAGACAAUAUAUGGAGAAAAAUAAUGCAUAAAGCUUCUCAGAGAUCCAAAGAAUCUGGGAACCCUCAACCGAUAAUCGAUAUUGUGCUGGAAUGCGGACGAAAAUUUUAUCCACACGAUUUACGUGUAUUUCCGAUGGAAACAAUUGUACGUCUUAUUGCAAUCUAUUUAAUUGAAAAUGGAAUCGAUGAACCCAAUUUCAUAGCAAGGGUUUUGAGACAAGCGAAUGUUGCAUUCGGUGAUCUUUUCAAUACCCUCCAUCGCUUGUAUGCACUUAAGGUCGAACCCUUUAAUUCUAAAGGUGGGAUGUAUCUUUUACUCAAAGAACUUGUUUACGUGCUCAAUCAGUGGAUGAAAUCUGUUGAUGAACGCUACGACAUCGAAUCAAGAAGUAUACACGGAUAUGUAUCUCAAUAUUUAACGACAGUAAACCAUUUUUCAUUAGGACAAGAUCUUUCUCAUGAAUUUUUGGAAAUUCAAAGAAAACUCGAAUCUUUUUCAGCCAACAUGUUAGAAUAA